AACAGAGUUAAGCAGAAUGGGGAGAAAUGGUACUUGUUGCUUUUGCUUGCAUUUUAUGUAGCUGCUCUGUAUAUCGUGGUCAUGAAAUGAAUUUCUUUUGAGUGCAAAUGCAGAAAAGGAUGUGGCUAAAGGAAUCAGGAACCUUUUCACUUCAAAUUAUCUGAUUUAUGACAUGAAAACUGCCAUGUUCACGUAGAUUUGUUUUGCAAACUGUUCAACUGGAAGUUACCUGGUGUUAUGCCAGAACACUCCCUUUGGCGAGCGUGAGAAAAUACAGCUCUUCAGCCUCUGGUCUAAACCAUGAGGGCUAAACACUCCUGAAGAAAGAGCAAGUUGAACUUUCAGUACUUUCAACAGGCUUCAUUUGUCUAACACACUUGAUUUCCUUCCUCAAAUAUUAAACCUUUUGGGUGGAGAGUGUGAGCGAACCCCCUGAUCCUUUUCCUGGUGUGGACUACUUGGUCAUGCCAAUGUGCUCACAGCUUUUGCUUUGACAGGAGGAGCUGCAGAUUGGUCUCCUGCUGCUGGAAGUGCCAGACUCCCACUGGGCAGUGCCGGAGGGCACCAUGCUGGGACUCUUGCUCAUCACAGCCCAGAGAACCAGGAGAUCCUGCAUUGCAACAACGUGCCUGCUGGCUUCCUUGUGCUUUAGGUGAAGGUUGUGAUGGUUGCUUAGCAGCCUUGCACCCACCCAACUACCUCUCUACAGGAGUUUUCCUGAAGCGGGUGCUUGAUAAUGAAGUUUUUGUUUAAAUUCUACCUCUUUGGAGAGGUAAAAAUGGCAGGUGCCAAAUAAUCAAGGAGGAUAAGAGAAAGGUCUUUGACUCAGUGACCCUCCCUUUCUGGAGGGAACAAGAGUGGAAGAGAUGUGUUAUCUUUAGCUCUUCUUCAAAUAUGCAUAAUGUUCCUGCUGCAGAGAAGCAAGGCUACCAAGACUUCAUCUGAUAUUUCUGCUAUUGGGAGAAGAGAUGAGGUUGGAAGCAGUUGUGGCUGUUAGGUUCCUAUGGGAACAGAGAGGAUAUGCAAGGGCUUGAGUUCUCAAAUCUAAGGGGAUUUGUCAAGAAAGGUGGGGAAAAGAUUGCAUCUUUGAUUGGAGUGGGAAACAAGCAUAAUGCAUCCUCCCCCUAGCCAUAGUAUUUCUUUGCUGAAGAGAUGGGAUUUUGUGCAGUGUCCUCAAGGCUGCCUCGCUGGCUCAUGGCCGCAGAGUUAAUUACAAGCUGGACAAGGAGAUGCAUGAGCCUGCCCUGCUGCUGUUUCCUAAGUCAGCAGCUCAGUGCCCUUAGCGUGUGGGGGGCAGCAGAAAGGCUGCAUAUUUCUGCUGGGUGAGAACUCAGGCACCCCACGAAGGAGUGGUGCUUGGGAAGCAAGGUUAGCAACCUGGUCUGAAUGAAUGUUCCACAUGAAAUACUUCUGAUUCAACUUCUACCUCUACACUUAAAGCAGAGCUCAUGUUCAGGGCAGAGAUGGCUGUUUGGUGUCCACUGUAGUGAGCUGCUGCCUAUUGUUCAAAAUGCAGGACUAUGCCAUGCUCCUGUCCUUUCUCAUGCUGUUUUUCAGCUCAGUUCAGUGCAAGGCUUGCACCUGCUUGGGGGCAAUGCCUUCCUGGCUUCUGCUCAGCACCAAUGGCUCUUUUAGAGAGAGAAUUUGGUGGCUUUUGCAGUUUGUCACAGUAGCUGAAGGCUCAGGGAAAGAAGGCGUUUGGAUAUUAAAAUGGAUCCUUUUAUGUGAGUAAAACCCAUCAUUUUGCACUUACAAAGUGCACUUUGAUGUUGCUUUCACACAUGCGUAAUUUUUGAGCUGCACAUCCUGGUUCUUUGACCUGUAGCAAAGUCAACACAAUUUGGCCCGUGACCAAAGGCAGUGGCGUGGCUCACACCUGGCUCUGAGCUGCAGGGGAGUGCAGGGGUGUUCACUCCUCUGUGCUCAAUGGGAACGAUAUCAUUUCCUUUUAGUCCUUAUGCUUUAUGUUUUAUUUGCACAAUAAAAAGCAAUUUGAGUUAAGUUAUGUGUACAGAAAAGGUUUUGAGUGGUUCAUUUAAAGGAUAGCUCUGCCUUCUCUGCAACCUUAUGCUAAGGGCACCUACUGAAGACUUGGAGCUAUUUAAAGAACGUGACUUCAGCUUCCGGGUGGAGGGAGGAAAAACCCAUCCUAAAAAUACUGUUCUUAACUGCGACAAUCAGCAGCAAAUCUUGUCAGAUUGCACUGAAGCUGACAUGUCCUGAAGCUGUAGGCACUUGAAGGAAAAUUGGAGGUGGCUGUGUGCUUGUGGCACCUGCUCUGGUGUCUGGCAGGGGUAGAUGGCACGGGGUCACCACAGCCCUGCUGGCAGCGUGAGCAGAACUUGAUGCCUGGGUGCUGUGUUAAGUGAAGUUACUACAGUAUUUUGCACCUCAGUGCUACUGCAAGUUUCAAAGAAAGAAAGGAGUGGAAAACUGAGCUGCCUGAUAGCUCCCUGCAGCUAAACAGAGGGAAGAGACUGAAGAGAAGCAAGCAUGUUCUCCUAAGGUCACCACAAUUUGGCAGUCCGAUGCCAGAAGCCCAGGUAUUUGACUAGAGGAAGGAACAUGAAGAGCUGUGAGAACAUACCUGGCAUCCAGCUGCAGUUGUCCUGUGAUCUGUUGAGAGCUGCUAAAAUCAUGGCCCUGCCCAUUCUGUGGGGAUAAACCCUUCUCCUCUGGAGGUGAGCAUCGUGCCUGCUGACCUUUCUUAGACCCACUAGCCAUGCCAGGGAUUGUUGUGUUCCGCCGUCGCUGGUCUGUGGGCAGCGAUGACCUCGUUUUGCCAGCAGUCUUCCUCUUCCUCCUGCAUACCACCUGGUUUGUGAUUCUCUCCGUGGUGCUCUUUGGGCUGGUGUACAACCCCAAUGAAACCUGCUCGCUGAACCUGGUGGACCAUGGCAGAGGCUACCUAGGCAUCCUGCUCAGCUGUAUGAUCGCAGAGAUGGCAAUCAUCUGGCUCAGCAUGCGAGGCAGCAUCCUGUACACUGAGCCCCGAGACUCCAUGCAGUAUGUGCUCUAUGUCAGACUGGCUAUCUUGGUGAUUGAGUUUGUGUAUGCUAUUGUGGGCAUCAUUUGGCUAACGCAGUACUACACUUCCUGCAAUGAUAUCACAGCAAAGAGUGUCACUUUGGGAAUGGUGGUGUGCAACUGGGUUGUCAUCCUGAGUGUCUGCAUCACUGUCCUAUGCGUCUUCGACCCGACAGGCCGGACCUUUGUCAAACUGCGUGCUACGAAGCGGAGACAGCGCAACCUAAGGACCUACAACCUGCGACACCGCCUGGAGGAAGGGCAGGCCAGCAGCUGGACACGCCGCCUUAAAGUUUUCUUUGCUGCACACGGACAAAGGACUCUCAGUCGGUAGGUACCAAGAAGCUCCUGGCAGAGAGCAAGCUCUGUGUGUGGCCAGUGAUGUGUAGGACUCAGCAGAGCGAGCAGUGUGGGAUUCCUGCUAUCAAACCUGGACAUGCCUCAUUUUGCUUGCGAGUGUUCUGAGAUGUGGAGCCUCAAGGAGUCCAUUGAGCCUUGACAGCAAUGCUUGCAAGGACUGACAUUGUCCUCCAAGAAGCAGCAAGCUGAGCCACCGCUCAGAAUGGACAGACUUCACGUUUUGCUCUAUGCUGGUUCCUUUUCCUUCCUUUCAGCGUGAGUAGGGUGAAUUAAAGCCUGUAUUUCUGCA